AUAAAGAUAGUGUUGAGGCCGAGACACUGUUGGGCGCCGAACAAGAGAAGCUAGACUGUCAACACCAGGCGGCCACGCACCCAUCGAUCAUGGCGGCUUUCGAAGAGAUGGGCGUCAUGCCUGAAAUAGCCAAGGCAGUUGAGGAGAUGGACUGGACGUUGCCGACUGAUGUUCAGAACGAGGCCAUUCCACUCAUCCUCGGUGGUGGUGAUGUGUUGAUGGCUGCCGAGACAGGGAGUGGCAAGACUGGUGCCUUUUGUCUGCCCAUCCUGCAGAUUGUGUGGGAGUCACUCAAGGACAUCCAGCAGGGGAAGACAUCCAAGGUCACCAAGGAAGUGUCCCCACUGUGGCUGAUGAGCUUCUUUGACCGUGACGCUGGGCUGGCCGUGACCCCUGACGGCCUGCGCUGCCAGUCCCGCGACCCCAAGGCGUGGCAGGGUGUCCGCUGCACUAAGGGCGUGACAGGCAAGGGCAAAUACUUCUUUGAGGCGUUGGUGUCCGAUGAGGGCCUGUGCAGGGUGGGCUGGUCCACUCCUCAGGCAGCCUUGGAUCUUGGCACAUGCAAGAAUGGGUUUGGGUUUGGUGGCACUGGUAAGAAGUCCAAUUGUAAGCAGUUUGAUGAGUAUGGAGAGUGUUUUGGUCUGAAUGACACUCUUGGCUGCCACCUGGACCUGGACAGCAUGGAGAUGAGUUACAGCAAGAAUGGUGUGGACUUGGGCAAGGCUUUCACUCUACGCAGCGAAUUCAAGAAUGCUGUGUUUCAUCCUGCUGUUGUGCUCAAGAAUGCAGAGGUCACCUUCAACUUUGGGACAAAAGACUUCAAGUACCCCCCGAAGAACGGCUUCAUGGCAUUGUGUGAGGCCAGCAAGGAGUGCACCGUGCAUGGGGGGAUGAGGGGUUCGGGAGACAAGCCACAGAAGGUCCAGAACAAUGCCCCUCAGGCCAUCAUCAUUGAGCCGUCCAGAGAACUUGCUGAGCAGACACUGAAGCAGGUGCAGCUGUUCCGCAAGCACCUGGAGAACCCCCUGGUGCGGGACCUGUUGGUGGUGGGCGGCAUCCCCGUCAAGGACCAGAUCGCCGCCCUCAACAAAGGAGUGGACAUUGUUUGUGGCACGCCCGGCCGACUGGAGGAGCUCAUCAACACUGGCCAGCUCUCCCUGCAGUCUUGUAAAUUCUUUGUGUUGGAUGAAGCUGAUGGAUUGCUUAAACAGGGACAUGAGAAGUUAAUCAAUAACAUCUACAACUCCAUCCCCAAGAUCACAUCAGAUGGAAAGAGGCUGCAGAUGGUGGUCUGUUCCGCCACCCUCCAUUCAUUUGAAGUGAAGCGCAUGGCGGAGCGACUGAUGCACUUCCCCACCUGGGUUGAUCUGAAGGGGGAGGACUCAGUGCCCGAGACAGUCCACCAUGUUGUAGUGCGAGUGGACCCCAGGACAGACAACAGCUGGACCUCCCUGCGGCGCCAUGUGCAGACUGACGGUGUACAUGCCAAGGAUGGUGUUCGGCCGGGCAACAACACGCCAGAGACGCUGAGUGAGGCAGUGAAGAUGCUAAAGGGAGAGCUGUGUGUGAAGGCAAUUGACAUACACAACAUGGACAAGGCUCUCGUUUUCUGCCGCACCAAGCUAGACUGUGAUAACAUGGAGCGCUACUUCAACCAGAUCGGUGGUGGUGCCCACAACCGAGGCAACCCUUACUCCUGUGUGUGUCUGCACGGCGACCGCAAGCCAGGCGAGCGGAAGGCCAACCUGCAGUCAUUUAAGGAUGGCAAUGUCAAGUUCCUCAUUUGUACUGACGUUGCCGCUCGAGGAAUUGAUGUAUCAGGGCUUCCUUUCAUCAUUAAUGUGACUCUGCCGGACGAGAAGAGCAAUUAUGUUCACCGCAUUGGGCGUGUGGGCCGAGCUGAGAGGAUGGGGCUGGCCAUCUCCCUGGUGUCGGCCGUCCCAGAGAAGGUGUGGUAUCACGGGGAGUGGUGCCCAAGCCGAGGCCGUAACUGCUACAAUACUCGCCUCACCACUGAGCGAGGCUGCUGCACCUGGUACAACGAGCCCCAGUACUUGGCAGAUAUCGAGGAGCACCUUGGUGUGACAAUCCAGCAAGUAGACAAGGACAUGAAGGUGCCUGUGGAUGAGUUUGACGGCAAGGUGGUGUAUGGAGAGAAGAAAGGACAUACAGGCUCCAAUUACCAGACUCAUGUGGAGCAGCUGGCACCUGCUGUUAGUGAGUUGGCCAAACUAGAGAAGGAAACUCAAAACGUUUAUCUUAAGCGUCAGUACGGCAAAGUCUACCCUUGGACACGGUAAAUGGACUAGUGCAUAGGAAGGAAUUGUUUCAUAGUCAUCAUUCAUGCAGCUGAUGAGAAACACUAUUAAAAGUUAUAAUCAAGGAAGUUAGCUAGCCAGAACCUUACUCUCAAAUCCUUGAGCGCCUUUUAUGACCAACUGUUAACUUGCCCUCUUGGAAGCUAUUGAAGUUUUUGAGUGUGUUUUUGUGAUUCCAGUCAGUCUAUUAAGGAGUUUCUAUCAUCAAGAGGAAAAACAUUCAUGAAAAUUCACAGUUCUGAUUAGAGGUGUAAGCUAAGCAUGGUACUUCAUAUGUCAGGACUUUGUGUUAACAGGGAAGUUAGCCACCAGUAUCCUAGUUGUGUGAAAGGCCUUCCAGUCCUUUCAUGGUAGCUAAUCAUAAAGAUGACAUUUAGUGUUGGCAGUUGUGCUCAUAGUUACCAUAGACAGAUUCUGACAUAUAUGGAGGUGUGGUAUUUCUCAUGAUAAUAGAAACUUGUCUUAUUAGAUGUAAAAGUUGGUUGUGAUCAGUGACAGAAGCUUGUGGUCAUUGAGAAGUUGGUCGUAAUCAAUAAUAGAGGAUUGUUUUUGUAAAUGGUACAAGCUUGCUUUAUGAUUUAUACCAACUUGUAUUGAUGAAUGAUGCAAAUUCUUCAUAAAUAGGAAUUGGUUUUGAUAAAUAAUGCAGACUUAAUCAAUAAAUACAAGUUUGUUUUCACUGACAGCUCAAACUCUCUACAGGUUUCAUAAGGUCUGAGUAGCAGCAGCUAAAAAUCUUACUCACAUUUGAACACACACACACACACACACACACUCACACUUCACAUGUCAUACAUUCAGUAUAUGAUUCCUCACAUAUUCCUUGUGUAUACAGUGAUUGCCAAAGUCAGAAUGCCAAAAGUUUGUUCAAUGCCAUACACAUCCAUCAUUAGUCCUCAAAUGUUUGCAGUGUUGAGUGUACAUCAUGUUUUCCAUCUGUAUACCAGACUGAAGAUAAUGUUACUAUUUUUGUGUCAUGUGUCGCUCAAAUUAUUUAUUAUCAAAAAUGCUUCUGAACCGGUGCAGUUAAUCCCAGGCAGCCUUGCAUGAAUCAGAAAUUGUUACUUUUAAGCCCCUGAACAAUGCAUUAAAGCAAAACCAAUGGCA